GGGGAAAAGUAACGAUCUUUUUCACGCGACUGUUGGUCUUCACGCGCAGAACGAGUUGCUCGAGCGCGUGGCAUCGGGGCCUGCCGCAAAACUGUAACACUGCAGGUUGAAUGCUUACUUUUUAUUUGUUAGCCACACAAGCUAGCUUUUCCUGAACGUACGGGGUCAGGAUCCAGAGAAAGACCGUCGGCAGUGCUGUGUGUGUUUGUGUAGGAGUAGCCUGCUAUAAUACCAUUUCCUACCUAGGUGGACUCGUAGUUUAUUUUAUUUCAGUGUCUAUUUAUUUUCUAUCGUAGCUUUUAAGUUCAAGAAGGGCUAACUUGGCACAAUUCCGUCUUUCUGGAGAACUUGCCAGGUUUGAAAACAAGUUUACUUUGAAAUAUCAUAGUAUAAAACAGUGUGUAGGCUUAGUUUUUUUUCUUUUACCUUCAUGUUGACCAGUUGCUUUGUAAAACAAAAUAUGUAAUAUUAAUACAUAAGCAAGCCUAAUAGUACGUAUUUUCCAUUAAACGAAAAGCUCCUAUUGGUUGUUUAAAAACCCCUGAGACCAAGUUCGUGACAGAUGCAGCAAACUCUUCAUUCUUGUGCUGUUUUAUGCAUUUGAAAAUUUCCUGGCAUAUCAAUGAGUUAAAAAAACUAACUAUUCUGUUCAUAUUCACAAGUGUGUCAUCCUUCAGAAGAGACCUUCAGAUUAUAGUUGCAUAUCUUUGUUUUGCUCAUUUUAGUGGUAAACAGGAAACUGUUGUUUGUUUCGUACCAAAGAAGUUUCUGAAAAUUAACACAAAUAUAAGUGGGAUACUUAAGAAGAAAGGAAGUAUGUAAGACCUAAUGCGGAAUACAGUGCCUUUUGUUUGAACCGUACUUAUAAAGCCUGUAUGAUUGUUCCCAUUGUUUCUUAUUUCUUUUUUUUUCUUUUUUCUCCUCCUCUGUCAGUUGUCCAAAGGGUUAGUAAAAUGAAUGACGGUAAUGGCGCGGCCAGUGAACCAUAAAGAAGUCGAAAACAAUAUCAGCUGCGUGGAUCUGUCAGUUGCAAAUGUGCUGCGCUGGCCUUUGUUUAUGGUUACUGGAAGGAGAGGGGGGAAAAAACUUGAGGGUAUUUAAAUUCUCAGUGCAGGAAACUAGGUUAGAAAAAAGUGUCGGCUUUCAGACAGACCCAGUUCCAAGUUCUUCUUUGCUGAGAGAUUACAACUAAAGGGGGGAAUUGGCUAGUUUUCUACAGAAUCACCUCACAACACUUCCCUUCCUCCCGUUUUUUAAAGGGGGGAAAGAGAAACAAAGUUGUAUAAAGGAGAGGCUGGUGGCAAGAGUGUAGAGGAGUAGCAUAUGGCACUAAAAGGAGCACAGCUGGAGGUAGCAUUUCCAUCUGAACAUGAUGUCAGAGCAGCUGACAGGCUGCCAUCCCCCAGUCUUUUCUUCUAACGCACAGACUGGGAGUUAGUGUGUGUGCGGAUCUGUGUGCAGGAGGAGGCAUCGCAUUCCCCUCCAACAUCUCCUCCACUUUGCAUCUGUCCCUCACAGUUUGAUUUUCUCUCUCUUUCUCUCGCGUCUCUACCCUUUCAUUGAUUCGGCGAAGGGAGUUACAGCCGGCGCUACCACAACAGUGGACUUAAUCAAGUUGAUGCGUACUGCAGGUUAUGAAGACAGCAUGGAGUUUCCAGACCACAGCAGACAUUUGCUACAGUGUCUGAGCGAGCAGAGACAUCAGGGAUUCCUUUGUGACUCCACUGUGCUGGUCGGUGAUGCCCAGUUCCGAGCCCAUCGUGCAGUGCUGGCUUCAUGCAGCAUGUACUUCCACCUCUUUUACAAGGACCAGCUAGACAAAAGGGACAUUGUUCAUCUGAACAGCGACAUUGUCACGGCCCCGGCCUUCGCUCUCCUGCUUGAGUUCAUGUACGAAGGAAAGCUCCAGUUUAAAUCGCUUCCAGUGGAGGAUGUGCUGGCUGCUGCCAGCUACCUCCACAUGUACGACAUUGUCAAGGUGUGCAAGAAGAAGCUCAAGCAGAAGGCCACGGCUGAGGCCGACAGCACCAAGCGGGAAGAGGAUGCUUCCAGCUGCUCGGACAAAGUGGAGAGCUUCUCGGAAGGUGGAAGCACGGGCCGGCCGGCCACUGCUGACCUGCUGCAGAGCGAUGACGAGGACAUGGAGAACAAACGGGAUAGCCCUCAGGAGCCGGGGAGCAUGUGGAUGCGACUGCCUUCCGAUCGGACCGCGUCUCCCACCACCAGCCCCAGGGAGGCAGAAACGCACGGUCCCGACACUGGCAAAUCCCCUGCCGGCAGCCCCAGCAGCUCCACCGGCUCCCUGUCCCGUCGCUCUGCGGUGUCUCGGAGAGUCUCCGCCGACACCGACUGUGUGCUUGACCUCUCUGUGAAGUCCAGCCUGGGCGGAGGUCCUGGGGAGACCAUGGCUGGCAAUCCUUACUUCUGCAGUUCCGUCACCCCCGACAGCCUUCAGAGUGCCCUGGUUCAAGUAAAGGUUGAGAAGGACACGGGCUCGGACGAUGAUGAGCUGGUGAGCGGCGACUACGAGAUGGAGCACAGUGGUGUGAAGGAGCCACCCAGCACCAACGGGACCCACAUCAGCCUUGUUGCGCAGCGGAGGCUGGGCCUGGAGGCUCACCUCUCAGCCCUGCGGGAGGCCUCACUAGCCAGCGAGCUGGAGCGGGACGACAAAGGAGGCGACGACGACGCGGACGUCCUAGGAGGGGACAGUGAGCGAGCGCAGGAGGCCGCAGGGGUCGAAAGCUCCCUGUUGCCUUACGUCUCCAGCAUGCUGGGGGCCCCACAUACUCAGAUCUUCAUGUGCCCCUUAUGCAACAAGGUCUUCCCCAGCCCCCACAUCCUGCAGAUCCACCUCAGCACGCAUUUCCGUGAGCAGGAAGGCGUACGGGCCAAGCCGGCCGGCGACGUUAACGUCCCCACCUGCUCCAUCUGCGGCAAAACCUUCUCCUGCAUGUACACGUUAAAGCGCCACGAGCGGACGCACUCGGGCGAGAAGCCCUACACAUGCACUACUUGUGGCAAGAGCUUCCAGUACUCACACAACCUGAGCCGGCACGCCGUCGUGCACACACGCGAGAAGCCGCACGCCUGUAAGUGGUGCGAGCGGCGCUUCACGCAGUCAGGGGACCUGUACCGACACAUCCGCAAGUUCCACUGCGAACUGGUCAACUCGCUCUCGGUUAAGAGCGAGGCGCUCAAUCUACCCACUGUCAGAGACUGGGCACUGGAAGAUAGUUCUCAAGAACUGUGGAAAUGAACGCUAAAAUGAUAGCAGACUGUUUGAACUGCUUGUUAAAUUGAUGAGAGAGAUCUGAGUGACAUUUUUUGGGGCAGAGAGGUGAAGGUAAGAGUGGGGCAGAGUGACGGCCGAAGGGUCUGAAUCAGUCAUUUUUCUUGUAUGUACAUUGCAAAUCUUGUUGAAUUGCACUUUACUAGCACAUGAAAAUGUUACUACUGAUUUUCUUUUAAUAUAUUUUCUGGUCUGUUUAGGGUCUCUUUUUUUUUUUCUUUUUUUUUCCUGUUCUCCUUGGGUUUUUAUAAAACAUGGGUGCUGGUCUCAGUAACCAACUUUGACAGAAAAAUUAUUCAUUGGGAUUUUCAACUGUAUAUAAUUUACAGUAUUUGUAUACACUCCUAAAUUUCAAGGAACAUCUGCCAUGAAAAGCAUAUGAAGAUUUCAGGUAAUAGACAGAGGAGUUUAAAACUAAGGACACACUAAACGGGUACAAUGUUCAUAUAUUUACCUGUACACAUUCGCCUCUUGUUUGAGUAUGCGUGUGUGCGUGUGUGUGUGUGUGUGUGUGUGUGUGUAUAUAUAUAAUAUAUAUAUAUAUAUAUAUAUAUAUAUAUAUAUACACAUGUGCACUACUAUAAUUUCCAGAUAACAUACCUGAUGUGUGACUGUGGUUGUGCGUGCAUGUGUAUUCAUGCGCAUAUGCACACGUACACACGUAGUGUGUGAGCAGGUCAGUCCUUUAAAAAUCCCAUGAGGAAGCUCUAAGCUCGCGUUACUUAAGCUCUUGUACAUUUUUGACUCGUUAUAGGAAACUUGACUGAUGGAAGACAAACAAGGCACUCAUGCAAUGUACAGCUUCCUUUUUCAUAUCAGUUGCUGCAUUUCCUCUAUCCUUUCUUAAUAUGAUUUGAAGUCAUUUUUGCAUUUUAGUUGCAGUCUCUCUACAUCACUCGUUUGCUACUGAAGUUGGUUUUUACAUCGGCUGCAUUUCUAGAGAUUUCUGUAGUGUUUUAUUAAGACUUUUCGUUUUUAAAACGGAAUCUGUUGUUGCAUGAUGUCUGACCUGUAUAUUGAAAAAGAUGUGACUUGCUGUAUUGCUGUACACUGUAAUUGACUGAUUCAUUACAGUCAGGGCACCUGUUUGUUGAAAAAAAAAAAGUACCUUUAAUAUUACCGCUGUAGAAAUUGCAUGAAUUUUAUUUAACUUACUCUUUUUUUUGUUGUUGUUUUGCAUCAGAGAGUGUAUUUUUUAAUUAACUCAUUUAAAUCCUUGGUAGAUUUGAGUUUUUUUCCUCUCAUUAGAGAAUGAAUCGGGGGUUCUGGUGAGGUGUUUAUUCUGGGCUGUGAAGAUUGUGGAAAUGCACUGACGUUAGGCUGCAGUAUCUACACGCAAAGCGAUUCGAUUUGGGCUCGCUGUAGGAUUUGGAGGUUAACGAGGGGCCAGGUGUCAGCAGAGGCUGAAUCGCUAUGUUUAUUGUUCAGAAGAAGGCUAGCGGGGCUCCUGCUAGCAUCUCCUCACGCGCUGCUCUUCCCAGUGCUGGGUCCUCAACUGCUGUUUGUCUCAGUGUCCUGUUUACUGGCUGUUGUCAUUUGAAUCAUGUCAGCUCUGUUUGUAAUUUAUUUAUUUAUCUUUUCAAUUGGCACUUGCUUCAGAUUCGAUUGCCAUGAAGACACAUUUGCGUGGCUGAUGGUACAGCUCUUCUUUAUGGGUGUCCUCAGCAGCGCACAUCUAUUUGGAGAAAGCUGAAGGAUCUUUAAACAGCAUAAAGCUCGACACACUCUGAUCUGAGUGGUUUGUGUGUGUGUGUUUGUGUUCAAUACAUAAGUCUUUUUUUUCGUCACUUGAACAUGUUUGGCAAGGUUGGUUGCACCUUUUGAAGCUUAAUGAAAUUAGAAUGUGCAAAAGAGGCCUUUAUGAAAUGUAUACAUCUAAUUAUUAACCUAAUUGAAUUGACUUUGUUACACUGAAAAAAAAAAAAAAGAUCUAUAAAUUUGUGAUUGUUAAAAAAAGUUAAAUUGUUAACUUUUGCAGCAUUUGUGAUUUUAAAAAAUGUUUAUUAUAAAAAGUUUUUUUUUCUUUAAAAUCUUUUAAUUUGCAAAAUUAUGGUUUCUUUUUUUUUUAGAAUGUUAAAAUUCUGAUAUUUUUGUUUGUUGGUUGGUUUGUUUAACAAAAAAAAAAAAAAAAAACACUUUCAUUGUCAAAUCCAGUGAAAUAAAAAGCAAAGAAAAAUGAAAAACAUAUGGCUUAGUGCUGUAGACAUAGAUCAGUCACUCACACAGUGCUGAAAUGCUUGAACUACUUUAGUUAGAGAGGGCCGGGGGCUCCGCACAUGUUUCGAGCAGGACAGGAGUGUGCGGCACACGGGCCUAUGCAGGCCUCAGGAACUGUCCUUCCAUAUAUUUGGUUGGUGCAACAGCUAGUGAAAAGGUUGAGCUUUGCCAACAGCGCACGCUCCUCAUGGCGUUUUGCACGGUGGUACUUUUACCUUUUGCACUCUAAAAUGUGACAGAAAAAAUAUCAACUGUGGGGUUGAUUUGUUUUCUAUGCUUUCUUUUUCUUUACAUUUUUUGUUGGCUUCUAUUGUACUUGACCGCCUUAAACUACUGUUAUCAGCUUAUUAUACUCAGAGGGUGAAAACUGGAAACUGUCGCUGGAAUACUGGAUGUCUUUCUUUGACUUUUGUUCAAUGGAAAUGAAGCUGUGAAAUGGCCUAUGAAGCAUAUCCAUAAAUUGGACACCCCUUUAGUUUACUUGAAACCCGGGAACCCCAGUGUGAAGAACAACUCUGUCAAAUUCAAACAUGGUGGCUAAUGAGUGUGGGAAAGAAAAAUAAAUAUGUUGAAUUCAAAGACAAUCGCUGUCUGGAUUUAAAAAAAAAAAAAAAAAAAAAAAAAAAGAUUCGACUUCACAUGUAAUUGCUUCCCUUCUGAGAUUUUUUGCUAUGUUGACAUUGUUCUUUUUAUGGAUUUAGACAUUUAGCUUUGACAAUCAUAGUAUGUUUCAUUUUCUCAAGGGAAGUAAAUUAUGAGGCUGUUUAGUUUUGUACUUUUGGUGUGCUGUUGGUGAAAUUUUUAAAUUGUGUGCAAACUGCAAUAAAUUAUAAGAACCUUAAA